UGUCAUUUUUUGAAUUUCAAAUAAACAAGAUACUGCCAGUUGAUUCGAUUGUGUAUGAAGUGUUUCGGCUUUUCUAAACAAAUUUUUGUAAUAUUGACAACAGUAUCAGUCAAAUGAAAAAGUCACAAAAUCAAAACAUGGACACAGCUAGCAAUUGUGAAGCUUACAUGUCUAGGUUAUUUCGUAAAGAAAAAUCCACAUUUUCUACAUCGGGAUUCAAGACGACAACAAACAACGUGAAACCGAAAUCAAGUGCCAAUAAGUAUUCUUCUAAAACGAAACCUUCUGGUAGAUCUCAGAGCUCUAAUCACACAUCUGGAAAAGGCUGCCCCUCUUGUACUGCAGAAGGAAAUUCUAAUGUACACAAAGAAAUAUAUGUAGAAAACCCAGUUGUAGAGAUAACAACUAAAUCCAAACCUAGGUCAAGGUCUAAUGCUGCUGGAGACAGAGAGCCCUGGGGAAGGUUGUUACAAACUGCAAAUAAUGAAAAUUCCUCUAAAUUCAGUACUUUUGAUCCGUUGAGGACGAUUCAUUUUCUUGCGAAAGAAUUACAGUUCAAGUUGCAAAAUGACCUACCGGAUGACAAUAAUUUACAACAAAUUAUAAUAGAUAUGCAACACGCUCUGACUAGAGUUCCUCCUGAGAUAGCAUCUGCAAUUAAGUUACAACAUUCCUCUGACACCAUUCCUUUAAGAAAAUCCUCCAGCUCUAAUUCUGUUCUUCUAAGUAAAAGAACCGAGGAGGAAAGAUUGAAAAUCAAGGCCAAUAAAAGUUGUCAAACAAUACAGAAAUAUGAAGAUGCAGAACUAAUUAAGAAAAUUAUGGAGGGAAGUACAAUGAAACUUGAGGCAAGUUGUAGACAAAUGGAGAUGCUUUGUGGGAGAUUGAAAAGUGAAAAGGAGGAUUUGGAAGAACAGUUGAAAACUGAAAGAGAAAAUGUUAAAUUUUUAAAGAAGAGAGUUGGAGAGUUAGAGGUGCAGACUGAUCAGCUUGUAUCAGUUACAAUACAAAGACUAGAGGAAGAGAAAAAUGAGCUCCAGCUUCAGGUGAACAAAUUAACUGAUGUUGUGGAUUCUCAGUCAGUUCAUACGAGUUAUGAGUUGAAAACUGUAACGCAAGAAUUGAAGCAAGUACAGAUGAAGGCGGAUCAAGAGUGCUCAAAACUGAAGCAUCAGCUAGCUCUUGCCAAUAUGGAGAAAGAAAAAUACAUAGCAAUCCUUACUGUUCGUGAUAAGCAAAUAAGUGAAAUACGCUCAGAAAUGUCCCAACUCCAAGAUGUAGUUAAUGAACAGCUCAUGGAUAUACAUAACAAUGCUUUAACAGAACUACCAAGCACGAAUUCAUUAGAAACAGAAAAUGCCUGGAUAAUGAGGGAUAAUGGGAAUGAUGAAAGUGAAAAUCAAUCAAAUUUCUCCUUAGCUAUGAGUGAAAAUCCUUUGAACUUUGCUCAGAAAGAUUCUAAAUCUUUCAUAGAUUUACCUUCUGGAGACCCUACCACUCUAUCAGAUGAGAAAAUAAAGAGCAACCAUAACCAAAAUAUCUUGAAAAAUAAACAGUCUAUACGAAAUAUGUUUGACGAAUUAAAAAAACAGGCUUUUGCAGUAACUUCUGUCAGUAGUAAAUCAUAAAACUUUUGUGGGUAUUCAAAUGAUGACGUGAUCGAACUUAAAUUUUAAUAGUGAUUGUGCUGACUAUUUUUAUAUUUUUGAAGAAUUCAACAAAUUUUAUGUAUAUAUUUAUAUUUGAGUAUGAUGCUUUUCAUGAAAUUUCUAAAAGAUACCAUUUAUUCCAAUAUAUUGUAUUGAGAGAAUACUUUUUCUAUAUUCUUCCACAUGUUUUAGAAUUGUUUUGGAAAUUCAAUGUGGUGAAGCAUUUCAAGAAAUAAAAGUUUCCAUGAAGAUUA